AUGAAGACUCUGCUCCUGAUCAUUAGCUUCUGUCUGCCUGCUGCCCUGCAGGCCCAGGACUCCUCAUCCCUGUCUUUCGAUAAUGACAGUUUUUCCGGGAAGUGGUUCAUGAAGGCCUUGGUGUCAAAAGAUGACGUCCCAAUAAACAGGGUCUCUCCCAUAUUUAUCUUGGUGCUGAACAACGGGGACAUGGAGUUUUCUAUCACACAUCUGAUCUAUAGCCAGUGUCUUGAAGUGACCACCAUCUUGGAGAAAACAGAUGUGCCUGGCCAGUAUCUUACUUUUGAGGGUAAGACCCAUGUGCAGGUGCAGCUGUCAUCUGUGAAGGACCACUACAUGCUGUACUGUGAUGGCGAGAUGGAGGGGAUGAGCUUCACCAUGACUCAGCUCAUAGGGAGGGAGCCCCAGGAAAAUUUGGAGGCCUUGGAGGAAUUUAAGGAGUUCACACGUGUAAAGGGACUUGUACCAGAGGACCUGGUCAUACUCGAGCAGAUGGGGCUCGGGCUGCUUGGAGAAGCAGGGAGACGGAGUUUUGACUGUGGCUCCGGGUUCUCCCAGGCCUGCAGGGAGGCCGAGGCCAUCAGGUUCUCAGACUCGUGA